UCGUGUUUUUUGCUUAGGGUUAACACGUCUCGCGACGUGUUAUUACAGCCUAUAUUUUAAGUCAUAUAACAUAUGCAAUGGGGCAAAGUCUUGCCAACACCGUGUUGGCGCUGGCGCUGGGAUUCAUUGCAAAUUUGUUGGUCGGAAAAUCGCCUUUUCCCACGGUCAUCGUAGACGAUGAAGUCACCGUGGACUUCAUAGUAGUGGGGUCAGGGUCAGCGGGUAGCCCAGUAGCGGCGCGGCUGUCGGAGGUGGAGGAGUGGCAGGUGCUGGUGCUGGAGGCCGGGGGGCAGCCCUCCCCUGAGAGUGCGGUGCCGGGUAUAAGUUCCUUCGCCGCUCUCGAGGGCAGCGCCAUGAAUUACAACUACAGAACCACGCCGCAGAAGUACGCGCAGUUCAGCUACACCAACAACACAACCCCGUACCCCAGCGGCAAAGUCAUCGGAGGAUCAUCAGUCAUAAAUUACAUGAUGUACAACCGCGGCAACAAGUUCGACUUCGACCGCUGGGCGGCCCUCGGUAACCCGGGCUGGGACUACCAAACUGUACUCAAAUACUUCAAAAAAUUAGAGGACUACGGAGGACAGCUGACUGCAGAAAACAGACCGUAUCACGGCACUGGGGGACCUCUACGGGUGGAGAACAAAAGGUGGGGGUCGGCGGUGAUGACCGCCUUCUUGGCCGCCGGCCUCGAGCUCGGCCAUCCCACCCUUGACAUCAACGCUGGGUCACAGAUGGGCUUCAACACCCCUGACGUGACCGUGAAGAACGGGAAGCGACACACCGCAGCCGACGCGUUCCUGAGACCCAACCUGCAGCGCCCUAACCUGCGCCUGCAGAGCGGCUCGCAUGUCACUAAGAUAUUGUUCGAUGAUAAUUUGAAAGCAACUGGCGUGGAAUACCGUCAGGACAACAAGACUAAGCGUGCUUACGCGCGCAAAGAAGUGGUGGUGUGCGCGGGUGCCAUCGACAGCCCCAAGCUGCUCCUGCUCUCCGGCAUCGGCCCCCAGCAACACCUCCAAGGUCUCGGCAUUAAAACGCUGGUUGACUUGCCGGGCGUUGGUGAGAACUUGCAAGAUCAUCCUACGGUGUUUGGGAUCUCAUGGAGCGUUCCGAAGGGAGAGGCCAGUUCAGUCAAGCGCGUACUGGGGCCUUCGUCGAAGUUGCUCUACAAACACUUAAGAAAAGGUCCCUUGAGCGCACCGUUAGGAGUUGAAGGGAACGCGUGGAUGCGACUCGAGGAAGGGGGAGACCCAACUGUUCCUGACAUGCAAUUCCUGAUCAUAUCUCAGGCACUCGGAUUCAAUUUUGACUUACUGCUCUCAUCAGCGAUCAGCUUAAAAAAUAAGGAGUACCGAGGAUAUUUAAAAGCGUUGAGAGGGAUCGAGGGCUUCAAUAUCGGCCCCAUGCUGACCGUGCCCAAGAGUCGCGGCUCAGUCACUCUGCGCUCCAGCGAUCCCUUCGACCCGCCGCUCAUAGACCCAAAUUUCUUGAGUCACCCCGACGAUGUGGAGCUUUUCUUGAAAGGCAUCAAGUUCGCGCUGGCGAUUGGCAACACAACAGCGAUGCGGGACGGCAUCGGCGCCAUGUUUGUUGCCGAGCCACUACCAGGCUGCCAGACUCACCCCUGGGGCUCAGACGACUACUGGCGCUGCUUCACCCGCCACAUGGCCUCCACCACCUACCACCCAGCCGGCACCUGCAAGAUGGCACCCCUCACCGACCCCCUCGGUGUCGUCACCUCCACGCUCAAAGUGCGCGGCGUGAAUGGACUGAGGGUUAUCGACGCGUCCAUCAUGCCAUACAUCACUUCAGCGAACACGAACGCCCCGGCGAUCAUGAUCGGCGAACGUGGCGCGGAUUUCAUCAAAGAAGAUCAUGGCAUUCAAAUUAACAUAUAAAAUAAUCUAUUUUUUUACAUCGAUCGUUAUUGAUCUUUUAUUAGCAGUAGCUUCUCUGUCUUAGUGCUAGUUUAAUAUUUAAACCGUUUAUAGACUUUUUGUUGUUGUAGAGUGAGUGGAAACUAAGUUUCAUGUAUUUGCAUAACUUCGUAAGUUAUGUUCUAUACAUGGAUGAUAAGAUUAUGAGAAAAUUGUGCAAUUAUUGCUAACUUAAUGUAUGUAUGCUAUGUGAACAUUCUGUAUAUUAAUACACGAAAUCAAGGAAUGUUCUACUCAAAUACUUUUGUAAUUGUAUGGAUUGUAUUUUUUCAUUGCAAAAGAGUAGAAAAUCAAAGAUAUUUAUUAAAUAAAUUACUUAUUUAUACCUAGUUAUUUUAUACCUAUUUUUCCUGUGCGGAAUGCGAACAAACAUUUGCCGAAUUUUGUUCCUAACUAACCAUAGACUACGAUUGUCAUGAACAAGUUGCAUCGAACGGGGUUCGUAGAGAAUUCGCAUAUUUUGCACUUGGAAAUUUCGGGUUUUUCAUGGCUCGUACAUUUUUCACAGCGAUCUAUUAACCUCAAAAUUACAUCGAUAUUAGUUGCCUUGAAAUAGAUUUUAUUUUCUGAAAACAAAGAAAAAUAUCAAAAACAAAACCAAGACUACAAUUCCAACCCAGAUGACUGGUUUUUUCAUUUGCCUACUUUCUGCAUUUUCUGACUCCGAAUGUGUUUCUUGGGGUUGUGUUACAGUCACGGAAGGAAUGACGUCAGCGUUUGUAUGAUUAGAAUUAUACUCUGGUUCAGUUCUUAAAUAUGAACUCUCUGUGUCGCUGGCUGUUAAUAUCUGGCUGUUUAAUACCAUCUGGAUUAGCUGCUCAGAGUAACUUUGAGUCCAGUUGUACGGACAUUCAAUGUUUUGAGCAGUAUUGAACUUGAAACAUUUGUACGACUUAAAUUUUGACUUCUGCCUAUCCCACCUUGCGUGCUUUCCAUUGCUAGGAACGUUCGCAAGAGAGUGGUUAUUGGAUGCCGGCUGACAGUUCAAAUAAAGCCACCUUGCAUCGUCAUCGUCGACUUCAAUCGCGAUCUGAAGCUCGUGAGGACCCUGCUGUAAUUUGUUCAUGCAGUGCGAAGCGUGGCGGUAACCUGACCAGGAUUUUAUCAUGGGUGAACCUUCUGAAUCCAAGUCAACUCUCGUCAACAUUCCGUCAUAAUUAUUUGCAGUGAGCACAACUCGAGUGUAACUUCUGGAGUUGUAGAUGGCCUGGUCGAUGAGGUAUAGGUUCGGGCCGAGUUUUUGUUGGACGGUUGCCCAAUUGAUUGUGAAGCUUACGUUGCCAUAGAAGUUGUGCUCCGAACUCAACUGUGAUGGAGCGAACCACAACACCUGACAAAAAGGAAAACGCACAUUUAAAUUUAUGG